ACAGACAUCUCUGGACUGGAGUCCUUCCCCUCCUGGAAGAGACGGACAACAACCACACGUUUUCACCCUCAGGGAUGAAAUAUGCAACGGCUGUGAGAAGAGCAUCCACAUUCUGAAGUCCAAAGUGGUUUUAAGUCAUGAUGCAGGAGUCGGCCACAGAGACAAUAAGCAACAGUUCAAUGAGUCAAAAUGGAAUGAGCAGCCUGAGCAGCCUAUGCAGCCAAUUAGAUGCUGGCAGUAGAGAUGGAAGAUCAAGCGGUGACACGAGCAGCGAAGUAAGCACAGUCGAGCUGCUGCAUCUCCAACAACAGCAGGCCCUACAAGCAGCGAGGCAAUUACUCUUACAACAGCCAGGCAGUGGCCUGAAAUCUCCAAAGAACAACGACAAACAGCGUCCACUGCAGGUGCCGGUGUCGGUGGCCAUGAUGAGUCCCCAGGUGAUCACCCCCCAGCAGAUGCAGCAGAUCCUCCAGCAGCAGGUCCUAUCCCCUCAGCAGCUCCAGGCCCUGCUCCAACAGCAGCAGGCUGUCAUGCUGCAGCAGCAACAUCUGCAGGAGUUUUAUAAGAAGCAGCAGGAGCAGCUACACCUGCAGCUUUUACAACAGCAGCACCCUGGAAAGCAAGCGAAAGAGCAUCAGCAGCAGCUCGCCGCCCAGCAGCUCGUCUUCCAGCAGCAACUCCUCCAGAUGCAACAGCUCCAGCAGCAGCAGCACCUGCUCAACAUGCAGCGCCAGGGCCUGCUCUCCCUGCCCCCGGCCCCAGGACAGGCAGCCCUCCCCGGGCAGACCAUGCCACCAGCUGGACUGAGCCCAGCAGAGCUCCAACAGUUGUGGAAGGACGUGACCGGCGUCGGCCACAACAUGGAGGACAACGGCAUCAAACACAGCGUCGGCGGCGGCGGCCUGGACCUGACCACUACCAACUCUUCCUCGACUACCUCCUCUACCCCUUCCAAAGCGUCACCUCCCAUCUCGCACCACUCCAUCGCCAACGGCCAGUCUCCCGCACUCAAUUCCAGAAGAGAGAGAGAGCGAGAGAGGGAACGGGAAAGGGAGAGCUCAUUACACGAGGAAAGCGGAGCCUCCCACUCCCUCUAUGGUCAUGGGGUGUGCAAGUGGCCCGGCUGCGAGAGCGUCUGUGAGGACUUCGGACAGUUUUUGAAGCACCUUAACAAUGAGCAUGCUCUAGACGACAGGAGCACGGCCCAGUGUCGAGUCCAGAUGCAGGUGGUACAGCAGCUAGAGAUACAGCUUUCUAAAGAACGUGAGCGUCUUCAGGCGAUGAUGGCCCACUUGCACAUGCGGCCCUCGGAGCCCAAGCCAUCUCCAAAACCUCUGAACUUGGUAUCGAGCGUCACCAUGUCGAAGAACCUGCUGUCGGUGUCCCCUCCGAACGUACCUCAGACCCCCACCACGCCCAGCGCCCCCGUGACACCCAUGUCCCAGGUGCCCCAGGUGCCGUCCCUGCUCAGCGCCGCCAACGUCCCCAGCAUGGGCGCCAUGCGCAGACGUCACUCCGACAAGUACUCCAUGCAACUGUCUUCAGAGAUCGCCCCAAACUAUGAGUUUUAUAAAAAUGCCGAUGUCAGACCGCCAUUUACUUAUGCAACCCUCAUAAGGCAGGGUAUCAUGGAGUCGGGCGACAUGCAGUUAACGCUUAAUGAAAUCUACAGCUGGUUCACGCGCACAUUUGCUUACUUCAGACGCAACGCAGCUACUUGGAAGAACGCCGUUCGCCACAACCUCAGUCUGCACAAGUGCUUUGUGCGUGUGGAGAACGUGAAGGGGGCCGUGUGGACGGUGGACGAGAUGGAGUACCAGAAACGCAGGUCUCAGAAGAUAACAGGAAGCCCGACGCUUGUGAAGAACCUUCCCUCCAGCCUGGGCUAUGGAGCUGCUUUAAACGCCAGCUUACAGGCGGCGCUGGCUGAGACCUCCCUGCCUCUGCUGGGGAACCCUGGUCUGAUGAACAGCAGUUCCCUGCUCCAGUCCGACUUGAACGGAUCGCUGGAUCACCUGGACACCAACGGCCACAGCAGCCCUGGAGGAUACUCCCCACAGGCACACAUGUCAGCGAUCCACGUCAAGGAGGAGCCAUUGAACAUGGACGACGACGACUGUCCGAUGUCACUGGUGACGACAGCCAACCACAGCCCAGAGCUAGACGACGACCGGGAGCUGGAGGAGGGCAACCUAUCAGAUGACCUGGAGUGACUACUGGAGUCCCUCCCACUACUACAGGCCCCUCCCUCCACCUCCGUCACACUGUCCUCCUACCUGUUUCCUCACAGGCUGUCCUCCUAGAACCUGCUAGAACCAGAACCACUCCUCACCCAGAACCAAACAGAACCAACAGAACAGACCACAGCUGACUCUCCUCCCUCCCGACCCGCGGACUGGAGUAUUUAUUGAGCAUGCAUCCGGAAGACCAGGCCCAAAGGGACUCUUUGUUGCAGCCCUAUGGGAUCCCUGACUGAACAUGACAGGCAUGAGAUGUCUGGUUUUUAAAACGACUUUCAGACCUGUUUCAUUAAGAUGGCUUGGCGACUACAUAUACACAGACACACACAGAGGCUCAUGGACGGAAAACGACAAAAACACGAGUCUGGAAACCCGUUCUGUAGAAAGCUAACGGCCUCAUAUACUGCCAAAAAAAAAGAUGUUUAAUUUUGUGAAUAUCAAAAAACCCUCACAGUAGUUGUUGAUGUUAGAAACAAUUGCUGGUUCAAUUCAAACGUUGUUGCUC